CCCCGGUUCUCUUUUUCCUUUCCAUCUUAUCUGUUUGGUUUCUCUUUGGAAGCGAUUGAGCACCGCCAUGACCACCAUCUGCUUCAGUUCGGGUGUGGACUCCAUCGGAAGAAAAAAGUAGAAGAAUAAUUGAGGUUGCGGAGAACUUCAGUUGCUCAACACCGCAUCGAUUUUCUUUCUUCUUCGCAUUCAAUCCACGAUUUCAGAUUUCCCAUGUUUGUUAGAUCUUCGAUUUUAGGGGAUUCAGUUUCUGGUGAUGCGUCUCUCCACCGCUGUUCUGAUUACCUUCUCUCUAAAAUCGUCAAUCAUGACCAUUGUCUCUGUUUACGCUCAAACAUACGCCUCCACAGGGGAUUGAUAGCGCUCAUCAGCGACCAGCACUUCCCACGUGACCCUUCCGUUCGCUACUCUGGGACGAAGAUGGAGGAAGUGUGAACUGCAAACAAACAUGAAACGGUGGUGUUGAAAAAGAAGUGUAACUGACCAUACAUGAAGGGAUCAAUCGGUGAAAGGAGGCAAAUGAAGCUGAUAUGUGUUACCAACAGAAAAAAAUUUACCUUUACCGUUUUCCCUUUGAUUAGGCUGAGGGGAAAUUUCAUCUUAUUUUGGUGUCAAUGGAGUACUACAAUCAGAGGGAGGUUAAAUUGUUUGAAGUUCGAAAGGGAGCAAUGCAGCAUCAUUGCCCUCUAUGGGUUGAGAUAGGACCAAUUUCCGGUGAUUGAUAUUCGCUAGCAUCGGCGUUGUGUUGGGCGUGUGCGACAGAGAUGGUCUGGCCGACGGUGACCAAAAGCCUUUCAAAAACAUGAAGAAACCACCAUUGCCAUUUGUAGUUGAUGAAAUCAUUCAGACCAGAAGGAGAAAAGGAAGAAAGAUUUUUAACAUGAAUUGCAAAUUGUUACAAAUGAUGAAGUAGGUGAUUACAUGUUUCCUCACCAUUAUAGUCAGGUAAGUAGAACUCUGCGGGAAAAAGACUUGGAAAAGGCUUAAAGACCGUCUAUAUUGGCUGCUAUGGACUGCGUUAAGAUUUUUUCUUUCUUUUUUUUUGUUUUAUAGUUUUAAUUCGCAACAUCAACUGUGAAAAAACCCAAACCCAAAGGUCAAUCCAGACAUAAAAUUCUAUUUGUUGACCAUUCUUGUGGUCAAUCACAACAAAAUGGUCCAUUUGGUGAUAGUAAGGGUAAAAUGGUCAUUUAGUCUCAUACAAAUGGUUUAUUUACUGUAGAAAAGAAACACAACUUCUGUAUACAACAUUACAUCAUUUACACAUUCAGGCACAUUACCCAUACAUGACUUAAUGGGAACAAAAUAUGUGGUGUUUACUUUUUUUACAAAGUUGUCUUAUAUUUCAAAAAAAUUAUCGACAUUUUUGCCCUUUUCAAAGGUUCUUGAAGGCAGAUCUUAUCUUCUACAACAUCCAUGGGUGGGAAUUGUGAACAGAUUACAAGCUGAUAUUAUAAAAAAAAAAAUACCGAUAUGAUAUUCGUAAGGCGAAUGGAACAAGAGUAUUUUUAUACAAGUACUGAUUAUGGACUCCUGGCGAGGAAAAUGGGUUCAGAAUAUCUACCAAAGCUUCUCUCAUAGGUGCUUAAUUAUUUAUCGAUUUCCGUGGAUUACGAUACUUCAUGGGCUUUAAUACUGGCUGCACUCUCUGAUCUAGUGACCUACCCACUUUGUAUUUUAUUUAACUGAUCUUUGUUUUUAUUUAAUUAUGGAGUGAUUAUUUAAAACACUUAACCAUGCUGAAUAUGUAAUUGCAGGGACAAUAAUCAUUUCAUCAACUACUUCAUUUUCUAAAUUUCUAUAUAAGACCUAUCAAAAAAUCUCCUG